AUGCAGUUCACCACCUUGAUGCUGGCAUUGACUGCCACCCCUGCGCUUGCUUCCUUCAACUUCAACCCCCUGGAGCACUCGGCGGGGAUCUCGCCGUACUUUUCUCCUCACAAUCCCCCAAUUGCAGUCUCUCCUCCGCAGGGCUGCAAUGUCACCCGCGCAGCAUUCCUCAUCCGGCAUGCUGCCAUUUAUGCCAACGAUUUCGAUUAUGAGAGCUACCUGGAGCCGCUGGUGAAAAAGUUGCGAAACACGACCCAGGACUGGGCCUCGACUCAGUCCCUGCGAUUCCUGGCCAACUGGACUGCGCCCGUGGAUGAUGAGCACCUGGAGAGAUUGACCAGAUUCGGCAUGCAACAGGCGAUGUUGCUCGGUGCUGAUAUCCGUCAACGAUACAAUCACCUCGAUCUCCCCAAGAGGGUCUGGUCAUCCACUGCGGAUCGGACCGUCAAGAGCGCAGAGGCCUUCCUGGCCGGGUACACCCACAACAACACCAAGCUUGUCAACUUGACUCAGAUCGAGGAGAGCAAGAAGUUGGGAGCGGAUUCAUUGACUCCGUACAAGAGCUGCAAGGCAUACAGCUCUUCUUACGGUAGCAAGCAGUCUUCGAAAUUCAUCGAUGUCUACACCAAGCCCAUCAUCGCUCGUCUCAAGGCUGAGGUGCCUCGCUUCAACUUCACCCAGGACGAUAUCACUGCCAUGUUUGAGUUCUGCGGCUACGAGACCGUCAUCCGCGGGGAUUCGCCUUUCUGUGCUCCUACCCUCUUCAAUGCCGACGAGUGGCUGGGCUUCGAGUACGCCAACGACAUCAUGUAUUUCCACAACGCCGGUUACGGUCGCGAGCUUUCCCCCUCCCUCGGCUUCCCCUGGGUCAAUGCCACCGUGUCUGCCCUGGAUGACGAGUCCUCCUCCCAGGAGCUGUAUGUCUCCUUCACUCACCGUGAGCUCCCACCCACUGUGAUCACCGCAUUGGGACUCUACAACAACAGCGCCUUCACCGGCGCCAAUGAUGUCAACCAGACCAUGCCCAACAACACCAUCAACUACAACCGAGCCUGGAAGAGCAGUGAAAUCCUGCCUUUCCUGACCAACAUUGCCAUCGAGAAGAUGUCUUGCGAGAGCCCCGGCUUCGACGAGGGUUCGUAUUACCGCGUUUUGAACAACGCCAGCCCCCAGCCUCUGGUUGGAUGCCGUGACGGACCGGGCGGAAGCUGCUCCCAGGACCAAUUCCUCAAGUUCAUGAAGACCCGAGGAGAGUCGUAUGGUGAUUUCAACAAGGCCUGUGAUGGCGAUAAUCUUCCCUCGUCGCUGUCUAUCUAUGAGGCUUGA